AGUUUUGCAGCAUAAUGCCACCCGUUGCUGCACAUACCGGCGUGCCCGGCGGGCAACCGACAUGCUUUCAGAAGAUACGAUUGGGUUUCAUGAUGGGUUGUAUGAUUGGUGGUGCUACCGGUGUUCUUAUUGGUGGUUUUGCUGGCUUACGGAUGGGCUUGCGAGGAAAGGAGUUACUCAAACAGACGGGUAAAAUAGCCUUCGGUGUUGAUGUAAGCGAUAGAUCUGCAUAGAACAUCAGAAUUGUUACGUUACUAACAGUCAACUUUUUGUGCAAAUUGUAUUUUUU